AUAUUCGGUUAUUGAUCCUGGAUGUUCAUAAACCUCACUAAAUUUCUCUCCACAGGUAGACUUCACAACCACAAUCGAUUUUUUAAUGGACGGGCGCACUUCACUGCUUUACGGAAUAUUUUUGAUACGAGUAUAUUAAGCCCUGUGCUUUGAAAGAGGUGACACACGGUUGAAAUUUAGGUACGAGUGUGACCAGUUGUCAGUUAUGUGCUACCACGCCAUUCUACGUGGGACAUCUCAUAACAUUCAUUAAUUUAUUUGGAACCGGAAAACAUUUAAGAAGUGAAUAGUUGAAUACCAUGGCAAUACAAUCAUUUUCAUGGCGAUAUACCGUGUUAGUCCUGUUGGUUUUGUUCGGUUUACUUUGGUAUGUGAAUGUUAACGAUGACUUGAACAGAAAAACAACACAUUUUAAAGUAGUUCCAGAUAGAAAGGUAUUACUUGAGGUUCUACGGAAACUAGGAGAGACAGGCCAGGUAUCCGAAUUUCAAAACCAGCUAGCCAAGGAAAUACAUAUUAAAGAAACUAAUUUGACAACUAGUGCAGUAUCGGAACAAGACGAGAGCGAAAUAGGCGUCACUGAAAACCACCCAGCAAAAAUCAUCAUUAGUAGAGUAGAAUCCACUCAAAAAGUUUGCGAAGAAAAACAAUUCGCAAACAAGUAUACGGAAUUCAAAUUUAAAGACACAGGCCACAUGAUAGUGGACGAAAAACACAAGUUUAUAUUUUGCUAUAUACCAAAAGUAUCAUGUUCUACGUGGAAACGAGUCUUUAGAUCUUUAUAUUUAACACAUAAAUCUGGUCUAAGGCAACUCAACGCUUUCACGUCAGAAGAGAUCGAAUAUCGUUUAAAAAAUUACCGUAAAGCAAUGUUUGUACGCGAUCCGAUCACUAGAUUUCUGUCAGCAUUCCUUCACAAGUUUUACACAGCGAAGGACGGUGUGAUCCAUAUCUGGGAGCGGACAUACGGGAGUAAGAUUAUAAAGUUGUACCGGCCAUGGAUGCAGUUAGAAAAGGGACAGUUAGGCUUGAAUAUAACCGUCUCUGAGUUUAUAAAGUAUGUCGCUGAUUUAGGCGAAGAUCUUGAUAUAGACCCUUUAAGGGAUCACUGGUUACCGAUGUAUAGGUCGUGCGACCCGUGUAAGUUUCAACCGGAAUUCAUCGGUCAUUUUGAGAAUCUAGAAAUCGAAGGUCCGUAUCUUCUUAAGUGGCUAGGCGUCAACGACUAUGUGGCGUUUCCCGAGUAUCAUUCAUCGAACGCAGCCGAUGGGCUUAUAAAUGCCUAUGCAAAUGCAGAAAUGGGUCUGAUGAGGAAGCUUCGUGCUUUUUACCAUCGUGAUUAUGAAUUGUUUAACUAUUCAGCAAACGAUACAAUGAGAAAGGUUUUAUUUGGGGAAUGAGUAAGGUGAAAGCUUUCAGUUAUGUGUGAAAUAUUGUAAUAGAUGAACCAAUUAGAGAGCAGACAGCAUUCACUUAAUUCUUACUGAUUGUUUUAACUAGAUAUCAAGUACAGUACUGGUAAUCAUCAUUAUCAAAUACAGAAAUAAUAAUAAAUAAAUAAAUAAAUAAAUAAUAAUAAUAAUAAUAAUAAUAAUAAUAAUAAUAAUAAUAAUGUUAGACAAAAUUUGUCAAAGCGUCGUUAGCAAAAUUGUUAAACUAUCAGAAGUCUGAAUAUUAGACGGCAAUUUUAUUAACCAAUGCAAUUGUCUACGUCACUGCGCAUAUAUCUCAUAAUUUAUAUUAAUGAUAUUCAAAAUAUCGAUUUAUAUUACCAUUACUGUGGUCUAGAUAUGGGAUCCUUUUGAUUUUGAUAACUUCUAUUUCUGGUUUACAAAUCUGACAGGCUUCCGAUCUUAAGAACGAUGCAAUCAUCUACCAAAAUCCACCUACGUCACUUCUUUUGGUGCUUAAAAUAAUUUUCGACUGUUCUCAAAUUUUCUAACAUGUUUUUUUUUUUUUUAAAUAUAGGCUAUCUUCAUACUGGAAGUGAUUGUCCACCUCCAUCAUUUUUUAUCGAUCAAAAAAUCGUCUCUCAAUCUUUGGUUAUUCUUACAUCUCAUCCCAUCGAUUUCUUCUACUGCAUCUUGGUUAUGACUACUGGAGUGUUCGUACUUUCCUCUUUUUAUACUGACUGUGUUACCCGUGGCUGUGUUCUCAUUUUCUUUUCAACGAAUUGUAUUAUAAUUCUCCUUUUCUUAUCCGCUUAACUGAUAUUAAGAUCGGUCCUUGUUGGUGUCUUCAAGGAGGUAAAAUUAAUUGUUAUAUCUCCUUGGUCUCUUGUUCAUAUUCGAAUUUGUAUAACCUGUCUUAGUUCUUUUUCUUUGGAUGACUGGUUUUUGUUGCUUGUAUUUUCUCAUCGAAGAUUCGAUCGGAUUUAAUUGCUUAAUAUCAUAGUUGCUUUUCGGGUGUUUUUGUAUUUCCUAUCGAAUUACAGGCCUACAUAUGGCUAAGAUUCUCAGUUAACGUUGAUAUAUUUUCUUACAUCGGAUUCAUCGUUCGAAUACUUAGGGUUACUUUAUACCUUGUUUUUUUUUGUUUGUUAUUUUUUUUUGGUUUUUUUUUUAUUGGUGCUCUUGUUUCAUCCCAACAAAUGAUAUAGCAUACAUCAUAGUAAUCAAUACUGACUGGUUUCUCUCCUGUAUUCACUUGUCUUCUUUGUUUUUUCAAGAAUUUCAUUAUAGGGAAGUUCUAUUUUAAGGGUUUUCGUAUCUUCUCUGCAGUUAAAUUAUAUAUCUGUAUUUUUAAUUAAUUGAAAGGGGGCUCUUAAGUCAGCAUUGCUGUUAGAGCCACCUUCUAAAAAUAUUGUUGAAUAAAUAAAUAAAUAAAUAAA